AUGUACACGGUCAUCUCCAGGAUCAGCUCCAGGGCCACCUCCAGGACGACCCUCAAGGCCAUUGAACCCUUGGGAGACCCCUACUUGCUUCACUGGUGCCUUCAGGAGUCCCCGACGCGCUCACACCUCGCAGCCUGUUUCAGCGAUUUGAAUGCGCCUGCGAAACUUGCUGGUGUUACCACCGCCGGCAAACCCGAUGAUGCAGCUGAAGUUCCCAGAGUAUGCAAAUUUCGUACCGAUCUGACAAUGUCUCAUAUUCAGCUACCCGUCUCGAACGUCAUUGUCGGGAGCUAUUACCACCAUCUCAGGGGCGUGCAGCCGAAUGAGAGCCAGGCUCUGGGUUCUGUGCAUGUUCUGGCGACGAGAACGUUACGGUACAACAACCACUACACCCUGCAUCAGAUCGACGACGGGCACACCACGCUGCUCAUGCGCAGGCGAUACACCGCCGCGAACGAUCCGGGCAUCUUCACGGCCGGUAAGACGCUCCCGCGCAUCAUCACGCUCGUUGGCGACCACACGAUCACACAGCCGCUGCUGCGAUCGAGCAACAAGGCCUACGGACCGAUCAGCGUGAUCCACAUCGAUUCGCACCUGGACACAAUUCCCAAGACGAGGACCAUCAUAUGA